AUGAAGUCCACCUGGUCAUAUUUAUUACCAGUGCUGUUGCUUAUAGCAGCAGGCGCAUUAGAAACUACAGCAAGAGAUCUGAAGAGAAAACAUGGCAGUAGAUAUAGAAUUUUGGGCCCUCGUCAUCGCGCGGUAGCUCAGGACGAGGAUGCUGAAGCAUCGGGCAGAGUAAUCUCAACUGGCUUCAUCAAUAGAUUGGUAUCAUUGAAGGGAGGAACUCAAUGUUCGACAGCGCCUUCUACGACAUAUACCUCCACCCUGCCUACGACGACAACGACGACAACGACGGGAUCAACAACGACAACGACAACGACGACAACAACGACAACGACGACAGCAGCUCCUGCACGUGCUACGUCUUAUAUAGAUAGUAAUGGUUUCGAAGAUGAAUAUGAUGACUACUAUAACGAUGAUAUUAAUGACGAUGGCCUAGGGUCAAUCGACAGUUACCAAAGUUCGUCGUCAGACGACCGUCGGUCGCCGGUGGCUACUGGACCAUCCGAUAAGGAAAAUGAAAAUGAAGAUGACCGCUCUACCAGCAAUGAUUACGUUGAAGCAGAAAGUGCCGAGAACGAUAUUCUUACAGAAGAACGUGCCGCACAAGACCAACCAUCUAGUUUCGCACCAAGAAAUCAAGCGCGUCAAUGGAACAUUCGCCAACAACGUAGACGUGUGCCUGCUAACAGACGCAGACGCCGUAACAACCCACGCAGACGUCGUAACAACUUGCGGAGACGUCGUCCAAUAAGGAUACGCCGGCCGGGACAAAACAAGAGACGUAUUGUACGACGACGAAUUCCCAUUAGAAAUGGCCAGAGGCGUGUGAUUAAUCUGAAUUAA